AGCUCCUCAGCUCAAAGAUCUCGACCGGUCGACCGGCCUCCAUCCACCGUUCGACCUCAACCGUUGAGCGGUGUGCCGGAGCCAUGGCGACGCCUGGGCAGUUGCAGAUGUACAACAAGAUGGAGGCCCAUGAGAUGUUCAAGAUCCCGGAGGGCCCGGAUGGUGAGCCCAGGAGGAUACAAGUGGUGCCAGAUGAGAAAGUCUCCAAUGCGGUGGUGCUCCAUACCCACUUGGAGGAUCACACCUUGGGCAACCUGCUCCGAAUGGAGCUCCUGAGAAAUGAGGCGGUGCUCUUCGCGGGCUACAAGGUGCCCCACCCCUUGAAUCACAUGAUUGAGCUGCGGGUGCAAACGACCCCAGUGAUCAAGCCUGAGGAUGCGCUGCGGCAUGCAGUGAAGAACCUCCAGAGCGAAUGCAAAUCCAUGUUGGAGCAGUUUGAUGAGGGCUGCCGCUUGCUGGGCAGUGUGGAUGACCCAGUGGAUGUGGAGAUGUCCCCCGAAGCGGACGUCAUGGACAGCGAAGGGUACAGCGCGGAGGAUCCCGAUAGCUUCCACCGGCGCCUCGAGGCGUUCGCCGAACGGCAGCGGCACGCCUAUAGCCCUGAGGGCUAUGAACCCACCUCACCACCAGAGGCCGCUGGCUGAGGUGCCUUUGGCCGGAGAGAAGUCCACCAGAAGGUCAAAGUGAUGGGUUUCAGG